AAAGAUAGAACUAGACAAAGAGAGAAGGUAGGGUGGUAGGCCAACCAAAGUACCAAACCCAAAAACCAAAACCAAAACCAAAACCAAAACCAAAAACCAAACCCAAGCCAACCAAGUAACGGUGGCAAAGUUAUUAGUUAUUAAUUAGUUGGACUCCUCCUAACUCCUAAGUCCUAAGACUCCUAACACCUCAAUUCUCACCUCAACAACACCUUACAACUUACAAGUUUUCCAGGUCACCUUACGUAUUACACUACACCCACUGCGCACGUUAACCUCUCCCCCACCCACCACCCACUCACCCGGUGGCCCUCAUCUUUCUCUCUCCUCCCUUUCACAAUCUUAUCAAUGCAUCCACCCACCACCUCUUCCUCUCCUCACCUUCUCCUUCUUUCUCUCUCCUUUACUUUUCUCUCUCCUCCUCCUAAUUUUCUCUCUCCUCUAAAUUUACCAUCAUGUCUUCUCUCUCUCCUUCCGCCGGAGAUCCAACUCCGACGCCGGAAAAUCCACCACCUCCCGUUGUUCGUAAGUUUCCGGCACCUUGUUGGACACAAGAUGAAACCCUAGCUUUAAUUCAUGUUUACCAAGAUAAAUGGUAUUCUCUUCGUCGUCGGAAUCUUCGCACUGCUGAUUGGGAAGCUGUAGCUGAUGAAGUUAAUCGUCGUUGUCCUGAUCAAUCUCCGCCUAAAUCGUCGGCGCAGUGUCGACAUAAGAUGGAGAAGCUACGAAAGCGUUAUCGAGCGGAAAAGCAACGUAUUGGUGCUCUUCCUUGUCAUAAUAAUUUUGUGAGUAAUAGGUUUUUUCCUUCUUCUUCUUGGGUGUUUUUCGAUCUUAUGGAUGCUAUGGAGGUUGGAUCUGGAUCUGGAUCUGCAUCUGGAUCUGUUAGUCUUGUUGUUAAUAAUAAUCAUAAUCAUAAUAAUAAUAAUAAUCCCAAUGUUAAUGUGAUGAAGGAGAAUAAUGGGGGUUUUGUCAAGGAAGAGAAGAAGAAAGAUGAUUUAGGCAAGUAUUUUGAUGAGAUUUUGAUGGGAAUGGGGAAAAAUACUGGAACUGGGAGUGGUGUGAAAUUUAAAGUCAAGAAUCAUAGUGAUAGAUUGUUUGAUGAGUCUAAGUAUGAAGGCUAUGAUUAUGAUGGUGGAACUGGGAAUGGAAGUGGGUUUGAUUAUGGUAAAAGUGGGAGGAGUUUUGUGUCUGGGUUUAAUAAGAGGAAAGUAGUAGGUGGUGGGGUUGGGGAGAGAUUUGGGGAGGAUUCGUCGUCGAAGAUGGUUUUGAAUGGCUCUUCUUCUUCUAAGAGGGGAGGAGGGAUGGGUUCGGGUUCAGGUUCGAGAGCCAGAGGUGGUGAUGCGGUGCUGACAGAGAUGGUGGCGUCGAUUAAGAUGUUAGGAGAAGGGUUGGUGAGGAUGGAGAAGAUGAAGAUGGAGAUGAUGCAAGAGAUUGAAAGGAAUAGGAUGGAAAUGGAGAUGAAAAGGAAUGAGAUGAUCCUUGAAUCUCAACAUAAUAUUGUCAAUGCUUUUGUUCAAGGUUUCAAGAAGCAUAAAAAAGGACAUGUCAAGGUUAUGCAAAUUGAUUGAUUAUUCAACUUGGGUUUCCCACUUCAAACUCAAUUUAGCUCAGGAAUCAAAACUCAAACUCUUUCAUUUGUUUGAUUGAGAACAUACUCUAGUUAGUAGUAAGUAACAAGUAGUAGUAUAUAGAUUGGUAGUUUUAAUUGAGAAUGAAAAGUUGUCAUCUUUUGGCAAAUCAAAUACUUCUAGUUCUAUGUAGUUGAAUAUAUAAAAAAAAGGGGUAUGUUAUGUUUGAUCUUCUAGUGUUUGGUUUGUAAUUUUCUAAUAAGUUUGUGACAUUUUAAUGUAGUAACUACUACUAGUAUGUAGAUAUGUAUAGUAUAGAGGGGUGAAAACUAUAGGCUACUCAAAAUUAAGCCUUUGUUUUUGCCUCUACUAUGAUUAAUAUGUGAUGUUCAUGAAUUGUAGUUUUCUGGUUAUGGAGAACUACUUUGAAGGAAUGUAUGUGUUCCUAAAUUCUGCA